AUGGCUGCGACCGUCAAGAUGUUGACCGCUGCCGCCAAAGCCCCGUUGACGCUGGCGUGGCGUGCUCGCGGCUUGCCCGUGACCCGCCGUGCCCUGAGCGUCACGGCAAGCCGCUUUUCUGCAGAGCCAGCUGUGGCCCCGGCAGAGGACGAUGAGAAUGAGUCGCAGCUCAAGGCCGCCAACGCCAAGCAAGGCGCCAAGCCCAUCUACCUUGAUUUCCAGGCCACCACCCCGUUGGACCCUCGCGUCCUUGAUAGCAUGAUGCCCUACAUGUUGCACGAGUAUGGUAACCCCCAUUCUCGCACGCACCAAUAUGGCUGGGACGCUGAAGCUGCCGUCGACAACGCUCGCGAUGUACGAAGCACCUCGGUGGCCACCUGCGGCACCCGCUCGGUUCCUUUUACACCCGCGCCUCGCACAUCAUCUAAUACACUGCUGGUUGUGCCUUUGGCCUUGAACUUGAUCCUACCACAGGAGAUUGCUUCGCUCAUUGGUGCCAAUGCCAAGGAGAUCAUCUUUACCAGUGGUGCAACCGAGUCAAACAACCUCGCCAUCAAGGGUGUGGCCAACUUUUAUAAGAAUAAGAAGAACCACAUUAUUACCGUUCAAACGGAGCACAAGUGUGUGCUGGACUCGUGCCGUAUUUUGCAACAACAAGGCUUUGAGGUCACUUACCUCCCCGUGCAAAAGAAUGGCCUCAUCGACCUCGAUGUAAGCAUGUUAACGCCACGCAUGGCUUUGCAUACGCCAAACUCAUACGUACCGGCACGGAUCCUACAGGAGCUCAAGGCUGCCAUUCGCCCUGAAACCAGCCUGGUUUCUGUCAUGAUGGUCAAUAAUGAAAUCGGUUGCGUGCAACCCAUCAAGGCCAUUGGCGAACUUUGCCGCCAGAACAAGGUGUUCUUUCACACUGACGCCGCUCAAGCCAUUGGCAAGAUUCCCAUCGACGUCAACGAACUCAACAUCGACCUCAUGUCCAUCUCUGGUCACAAGAUUUAUGGGCCCAAGGGUGUCGGUGCUCUCUUUGUGCGCCGUCGUCCUCGCGUGCGUCUCGAAGCCCUGAUCAAUGGUGGUGGUCAAGAACGUGGUUUGCGCAGUGGCACCCUUGCGGCACCUCUCGCCGUUGGUUUGGGUGCUGCCUGCCGUGUCGCCCGGGAAGAGAUGGACUUUGAUCACGAGCACAUUCAGCGUCUUUCCAAGCGACUCAUUGAUGGUAUUCAAGGCGAGCUGGAUGAGGUCAUCUUCAAUGGUGAUAAGGAACAAGGCUAUCCUGGCUGCGUUAACCUCAGCUUUGCCUAUGUCGAGGGCGAAUCACUCCUGAUGGCUCUCAAGGACUUGGCUCUCUCCUCGGGCAGUGCUUGCACCUCGGCGUCAUUGGAGCCUUCUUACGUUUUGCGUGCGCUGGGCGCUUCGGACGAUCUGGCUCACUCGUCCAUCCGCUUUGGCAUUGGUCGCUUCACCACGGAGGCCGAGGUCGACUACACAGUGGCCAAGGUGAACCAGCACGUGAACCGCCUGCGCGAGAUGAGCCCGCUCUGGGAGAUGAAGCUCGAGGGCAUCGACUACAACACCAUCCAAUGGUAAUUUUGGACCGCAAACAGAUGAUGAAUGAUAACACGCAAUUUGCUCCGACCGCCAAGGCUCACAAAUCGAGCUACAGCCCCUUGUCGUCGUGCUGGUACCACGAUUGAAGCCUCGUCUGCUUGCGCAUUUGCUGCUCUUUUGCUUCCUCUACCACGACACCCAUGCUUUGCUCAUAAUUGUACCUGAGCGUUCACCUCCAAUUGAUGUGCUGGACAC